AUGGCAGCUCCUCCCCCGGCAGCCCAGCCUCUCGUGGGUAGCUAUGCAAACCCAUGCUUACUGGAAGCAGACCUCAUCAAGUUCUUCCAACAGACAACGGCCACUCGCUCGGAUUGCGACGCUGUAGCAAGAGAGCUGUCGGGAGGAGAUCUGUACCCAGUCGAGAUCCAGGGCGUCUGCAGUUAUACCGUCUACGCAGGACGCCAGUUUGAAUAUGUCGUCCAGUUUCGGCUGAAGUCGUUACAACUUCGCAUGGAAACCGCUCGACUGGCAAAGGAACUCUAUGGCUCGCUAGCGCCAGACGUCACCUUCAAAGGGGUCAUUGGGACGGAAGAAGACGGGAAAGAACCACUCUUCGUCUAUUUCAUGACCCGAGUGACUGGUAUAACAUACCUGCACUUUUUAUUGUUAAACGGCAUGCCGUGGCAUUCACCGCAGGCUGUAGCAUGGCGAAGGACCCUCAUCACAGAUGUGGCACGGUUCUUCGCACUUACAUGGAAACAGCCACAGCCGACUGAGGCAGCUUACCGAGAUCAGCUGCGUCAGAAGUACCUCAGAGAGCUGCACAUGCUUCUCUCGGCCUUGCCAGAGCGCUUUCACGACAUCGUUCGGCAUUGUAUUGACUCCAUAGACGCGGUAUUCUCUUUACCGAUGGUGCUUCCGCACCAGGACUUUCGACAGGGGAAUAUCAUUGUUGACGAACUGACGUGCAAUCUAUCGGGUGUCGUCGACUGGGCCGAUACCAGGAUUUGUCCGUUCGGCUUGAACCUGCACCAUCUCGAAGCCAUCACGGGGAAGCUGCAUAGAAAGUAUGGCUGGGUGCGUUUCAGAGACUACGAUGAUCUCCAGACUGCCUUCUGGUAUACCUUUCAACAAGAGGUGGGAGCCUUGAGUCAAAAUACCAUGGCGGCCUUGAGCUCCGCCAGAGUCAUGGGCUUUUUGCUGAGCGAAGGCUUCACUGGUCGACUAGCCAACCAGCCGGAGCCUAUGCCUAUACGUGACGACGCCAAAGGACGCGAAAGUAUAAUCACCCUGGAGUCAGUCCUGUUCCGCUGA